AUGAGGGCGGUACCAGAGAACUUUGACAACGUCCAGGCGUUGCACUCACCCUAUGGCGCGGUGCCAGCAUACGAAGGAGCGCUGUCGCACGCUCCGAGCCACCAUCACCAUCCGCACAUCUACGGAGCCCAGCACCCUCGCGCCCUCAUGGUCGAUGUACGGCGCACCGAAGGCGAGAAUCACCCAAUGCAGUCCACCGGCCUAACGCCCGUCUUUGGUGGCAUCGGCUUUGGCCAGAAUCACGUUCCCGGCAUGUUGGAGACGAACCCGAUGCUUUCGUCGCCGUCGACCUUUGGUCCAAACGACAGAUAUACAUAUGGGACAAGACCGCAUGGCGUCGGCGUUUCCGAUGCCAAAGCCUCGUCUACAAGCAGCCCUGUCAACGAAGGCGACCACCGACCCGGGCCGAGACCGCUGCGACCGGCCGGCCUAGCCGAUCCACUAACCAGGGGGCGGUCUGCGUCCUUGCAGUCUACCAUGGGAUCUUCUGUCUACUGGCGAGGGGGCGGUCUCGGCGACGUGGCCGAGGUCCACGAUUCUACCCCGGAGCACGGCAGUGAGGGUCCGGCACCACCCCUGCACUCGUCUGCGUCCGGCAUGGGCCUCAACACCCUAUUUUACGGCGAUGAUACCUCGACACAGCCGUCGAGUGCUUCGGGUGACAUGGGGCCUCGUCAAGAUCAAUUUCCUCGCAGCCGAGCGCCUCCGGCGUCAUUUCCGCUCGAAAGCCGCGGGCAGUACACCGAUAUGGGGCAGCAGCCGAUGCUGUCUCCCAUUCGAACCGACAUGGCACGGCCGGCGGCAUCGGCCCAUGCAGGGGCAGCCUAUACGCCCACCUACAGCUCGCCUCUGCCGCUACCGGGCAGUGCGAGCGCGCCAAACACGAGGUUGCUCGAGCCACGGGACCACAUACCGCAAUUUGGGUACAACGCUGGUGACACGUCGGCUGCAGCUGUCCACACCUUUCCCCCACAAGCAGCAGGCGAGAGUGUAGACCAGCAGCGGCCAUUCUACCCACCCGAGACGCAGUCGACGCAGUAUGAGCGGCCAGGGCACGUUUUACCGUACGGAGAAACGGCAGAGGAAACCGAUGGCGUCAAGCGGGAGUAG